AUGAACGUCAAUCAGUCAGCUCCUCCUGGGCCGCCAUAUGGGCAGCCCCAGCCUGUCUACCCAGGAUAUCAUCAGUCCAGCUAUGGUGGGCAGCCAGGGUCCACAGUCCCUCCCACCCCUUAUGGAGCCUCCUACAAUGGCCCAGUACCAGGCUAUCAGCAAGCACCUCCUCCAGGUGUGUCGAGAGCCCCACCUUCCUCAGGGGCACCUCCAGUCUCAACAGCACAGGCCCCUGGUGGCCAGGCUGCAUAUGGCCAGUUUGGCCAGGGAGAUGUGCAAAAUGGGCCGAGCUCCACUGUUCAGAUGCAGAGGCACCCUGGGUCUCAGCCAUUUGGGUCAGCCCCAUUGGCCCCUGUGGUCAGCCAGCCAACUGUACUUCAGUCCUACGGCCCUCCCCCAACAAAUACACAGGUGACUGCUCAGCUGGCAGGAAUGCAGAUCAGUGGUGCUCCGGCCCCAGCCCCUCCUCCUACAGGGCUGGGCUAUGGCCCACCAACAACAUUGGCCUCAGCCUCAGGAAGUUUCCCUAACUCUGGUCUGUAUGGCUCCUAUCCUCAGGGCCACGCUCCCCCUCUUAGCCUGGCCCAGGGUCAUCCUGGGACUCAGCCUCCCCAGCAUUCUGCCCUGCCACAGGCUUCCAGCUUCACACCUCCAGCUUCAGGAGGUCCUCGGAUGCCUUCGAUGACUGGGGCACUCCUGCCUGGACAGGGUUUUAGGGGGCCCCCAGUGAACCAGCCCAACCACGUGUCCUCACCUCCUCCUCAAGCUCUGCCUCUUGGCACUCAGAUGACGGGGCCCCCAGGACCACUACCACCUAUGCACUCCUCCCAGCCAGGCUAUCAGCUGCAACAAAAUGGUUCCUUUGGACCAGUCCGGGACCCUCAGCCCAACUAUGGAAGUCCCUACCCUGGAGCACCCACCUUUGGCAGCCAGCCAGGUCCUCCCCAACCACUGCCUCCGAAGCGCCUGGAUCCUGAUGCUAUCCCAAGCCCUAUUCAGGUCAUUGAGGAUGACAGGAACAACCGGGGUUCAGAGCCAUUUGUUACUGGAGUACGGGGCCAGGUGCCACCCUUAGUAACCACCAACUUUCUGGUGAAAGACCAAGGGAAUGCAAGUCCCCGAUACAUCCGAUGCACAUCCUAUAAUAUCCCUUGUACAUCUGACAUGGCUAAGCAGGCUCAGGUGCCCCUGGCAGCUGUUAUUAAGCCUCUGGCAAGGCUGCCCCCGGAGGAGGCUUCACCUUACGUCGUGGACCAUGGAGAAUCUGGCCCUUUGCGCUGUAAUCGCUGCAAAGCAUACAUGUGCCCCUUCAUGCAGUUCAUCGAGGGAGGAAGGCGCUUCCAGUGCUGCUUUUGCAGCUGUAUUAAUGAUGUUCCCCCCCAGUAUUUUCAACAUCUGGAUCAUACUGGCAAACGUGUGGAUGCUUAUGACCGUCCUGAGCUAUCUCUGGGCUCUUACGAAUUCCUGGCCACUGUAGAUUACUGCAAGAAUAAUAAGUUCCCCAGCCCUCCUGCCUUCAUCUUCAUGAUUGACGUCUCCUACAAUGCCAUCAGGAGUGGUCUUGUUAGGCUCCUCUGUGAGGAACUCAAAUCACUGUUAGACUUUCUACCUAGGGAGGGUGGGGCAGAAGAGUCUGCAAUCCGUGUUGGAUUUGUCACCUAUAAUAAGGUGCUCCACUUCUACAAUGUGAAGAGCUCAUUGGCUCAGCCACAGAUGAUGGUUGUAUCUGAUGUGGCUGACAUGUUUGUGCCACUGCUGGACGGCUUCCUGGUCAAUGUCAACGAGUCCCGGACAGUCAUCACCAGUUUAUUGGAUCAGAUUCCAGAAAUGUUUGCAGACACAAGGGAGACGGAGACAGUAUUUGCCCCAGUUAUCCAGGCUGGGAUGGAGGCUCUGAAGGCUGCUGAAUGUGCAGGGAAGCUGUUUCUGUUCCACACAUCCCUGCCCAUUGCAGAGGCACCAGGAAAACUGAAGAACAGGGAUGACAGGAAGUUGAUCAACACAGACAAGGAGAAGACUCUGUUCCAGCCCCAAACAGGUACCUAUCAGACCCUGGCCAAAGAGUGUGUGGCCCAAGGCUGCUGUGUAGACCUCUUCCUCUUCCCUAACCAGUAUGUGGAUGUGGCCACGCUCUCUGUGGUGCCCCAGCUCACUGGUGGCUCUGUCUACAAAUAUGCUUGCUUUCAGGUGGAGAAUGACCAGGAACGGUUCCUGAGUGACCUAUGUCGGGAUGUGCAGAAGGUUGUUGGCUUUGAUGCUGUGAUGCGGGUCCGGACAAGCACUGGUAUCCGUGCUGUAGAUUUCUUUGGGGCUUUCUACAUGAGCAACACAACAGAUGUGGAGCUGGCUGGGCUAGAUGUGGACAAGACAGUGACUGUGGAGUUCAAGCAUGAUGAUCGGCUUAACGAGGAGAGCGGAGCCCUCCUGCAGUGCGCCCUGCUUUACACUAGCUGUGCAGGGCAGCGUCGGCUCCGCAUCCACAACCUAGCCCUGAACUGUUGCACGCAGCUGGCUGAUUUGUAUCGAAACUGUGAGACAGACACGCUUAUCAACUACAUGGCCAAGUUUGCGUACCGGGGGGUCCUAAACAGCCCUGUGAAGACUGUUCGUGAUAAUCUCAUCACCCAGUGUGCCCAGAUCCUGGCCUGUUACCGAAAGAACUGUGCCAGCCCUUCCUCUGCAGGACAGUUGAUCCUUCCUGAGUGCAUGAAGCUACUCCCAGUUUACUUGAACUGUGUGUUGAAGAGUGAUGUCCUGCAGCCUGGAGCUGAAGUCACCACUGAUGACCGUGCCUAUGUCCGACAGCUGGUUACCUCCAUGGAUGUGGCUGAGACCAAUGUCUUCUUCUACCCUCGACUUCUACCGUUGACAAAGUCUCCCAUUGACAGUACUACUGAACCACCAGCAGUUCGAGCAUCUGAAGAGCGUCUAAGCAACGGGGAUAUAUAUUUGUUGGAGAAUGGGCUCAACCUUUUCCUCUGGGUGGGAGCAAGUGUCCAGCAGGGUGUUGUCCAGAGUCUCUUCAGUGUCUCCUCCUUCAGUCAUAUCACCAGUGGCUUGAGUGUUCUGCCAGUUCUGGAUAAUCCCCUGUCCAAGAAGGUGCGAGUCCUCAUUGAUAGCUUAAGGGCUCAGAGAUCGCGGUACAUGAAGCUUAUCGUGGUGAAACAGGAGGACAAGCUGGAGAUGCUAUUCAAGCACUUCCUGGUGGAAGACAAAAGCCUGAGUGGGGGAGCAUCCUAUGUGGACUUUCUCUGUCAUAUGCACAAGGAGAUUCGGCAGCUACUGAGCUAG